AAGAAAGUUGAGAGAUUUGCAUUGAACAUUGGCACCAACUAAUAAUAUGAUCUCUGCAAUGUCUCAAAUUAUUCACUAUCCACUCCUAAAUUCUUCUUCCCCAUCUUGUUCUUCAUCAUCGUUACGGUCCCCUUUCACCUCCACCCCAUUCUCGAGCCGGUUGCCUGUUAGCACCAAACGCCUUGCACAAUCAGAAGACUCCGUGCACUUUCAGUACCAACCUGCAAUUUGGGAUAACCAUUUUGUUGAAUCAGUACCAAAGACUAAUUACAUGGCGAUCAUUCACAAAACAGAUACGGAAUUACCCGUGAAGAACAUAAAACAACAAGUGAAGGGUUUGCUUAAGAAUGCAGUAAAACCACUGGAGAAGCUUGAGUUGAUCGAUGCGAUUCAAAGACUCGGAAUGAGUUACUUUAUAGAGGAAGAGAUUCUCAAAAUCCUAGAGGACAUGUACCAUGACCGUGACGAUGCACAGAAGAUGAAAGAUAACUUAUAUGCAACUUCUCUCAGAUUUAGGCUUUUUAGGCAGUAUGGUUUUUAUGAAUCUCAAGAUGUUUUUGACGAAUUCAGACACGCGGAAGGUGGGUUCAAGGAAACUAUUGUUUACGAUAUAAAGGGAAUGCUGAGUUUAUUUGAAGCGGCACAUCUGCUUAUGAAAGGGGAAAGCAUCUUAAGUGAAGCCAUACUCCUCACAAGAAAAUAUCUAUCGGAAAAUGGAAGCAACAAAAGUAAAAACAUUAACAUUAACCUUGAUAAACAAGUUCGUCAAUCUUUAGAGACACCAUUUCACUGGAGGGUUCCAAGAUCGGAAACUAGGUUUUACAUUGAAGCAUAUGAGUCUCAAAAUGAUAUGAAUCCUCCUCUUCUUGAAUUGGCUAAAGUAAAUUUUAACAUGGUUCAGGCUCAACACAAGAUGGAACUCAUGCAUGUAUUAAGAUGGUGGAAUGAUAUGGGGAUUGCAAAGGAAUUGUAUUUUGCAAGAGAUCGAUUGGUUGAGUGCUUCUUAUCAAAUAUUGGGGCUUGUUGGGAGCCACGACAAGGACGUUGUAGAGAAUGGGUCACCAAAAUUAUGAGCUUUGCUCUAGUAAUCGAUGACAUCUAUGAUUCUCAUGGAUCUUUAGAAGAACUAGAACUAUUUACCGUUGCUAUUGACAGGUGGGAUUCCAAAGCCGUGGAGAACCUGCCAUAUUACAUGAAGAUAUGUUUCUUAGCCCUCUUCAACACCGUGAAUGAAAUGGCUUUCGAGAUACUCAGUGAACAACAAUUUGACAUCUUACCGCACUUAACCAAAUCGUUGGCCAAUUCGGUGAAGGCAAUGUUGACAGAAGCAAAAUGGUGCCAUAAUGAGUAUGUCCCAACUUUUAUGGAAUAUCAGCAUAAUGGGUCGGUGUCAUCUGUUGGAUAUGUCUUUCUAAUGGCUGCAUAUUUCACG